UCUAUGUCUUACAUGGUUGCAAUAAAAAACUUCGGUCUAUUCGUCCUUCCUCCCCCUCUCUUUGUUCUUACACUUUUUUGGGAGAGAUCUCCAUGUUCUUACACGGUGAUAAUAAAAAUUAAUCUCCCCAUUCAUCCCCACUCUCUCCGUGCAUGAAUUAGUCAUAAAUGUCACGUUAAUCAAGUGUUGGUCCAUCCUUGUAGUGAAGGGCAUAUGCCAUAUAAGAUAGGGAGAGAGAUGUGGCACUCUGAUCUUCAAUUGUUUUUUUAAUUGUUCACAAAUCACAAGACCCACAUAAUCAACCAAGGAUAAAAUCAUCUAUUAGCGAAAACAAUUUAGACUUUUUUUGUACUAGGCAAAAACGAUAUUAAAUUGAGACGAGUUAAUGCCGUUGUUCUGUGGAGGGUUGCAACUUACUGGCCACACAACACAAGUUAGGCAACAACUCCCAUAUAGAAGGAAGGAAGAAUCUGACAUCCAACUAUCCAAGUACGUAGGAGCUCUGUUUCCAGUAGUAAAUGCUGCUUAUCAUGUUUUAGGAAGGUCGGUCUCUCAAGAGAACGCUUUUUCUCGUUCUGGGUAUCAUCAUUCAUCUUCAUCGAUCAUGGAGGAUGCGAAGUUGGGGCUUAGAUCCCCUGAAUCAGAGAGAUAUUCAAAAGAGUUGGAUGUUGCUGUUAGAGUCGUCCAAAUGGCUUGCUCUCUCUGUCAGAGGGUGCAAGAGAGCUUGAUUACCAAGGGCAUCAAUCAGGUUAAAUCCAAGGAUGAUGAUUCUCCUGUCACAGUUGCAGAUUGGAGUGUCCAAGCCACUGUUAGUUGGAUGCUGUCUGAGUGCUUUGGGAGCAAAAAUGUUGCAAUUGUUGCUGAGGAAGAUGUCCAAACUCUUUCCAGGGCUGAUUCUGUAGGCCUGUUGGAAACUGUAGUUAACACCGUGAAUGAGUGCCUCGCUGAAGCUCCUAAGUAUGGCCUUAUAGGUCCCACUAGGGCCCUUGGAACUUCAGAGGUCCUGGAGGCCAUCAGCCGAUGCAACUCAACAGGAGGGCCAACUGGAAGAUAUUGGGUGCUGGACCCUGUUGAUGGUACAUUGGGAUUUGUACGGGGUGAUCAAUAUGCUGUGGCUUUAGCAUUGAUAGAGGAUGGAGAAGUUGUAGUUGGAGUUCUUGGGUGCCCCAACUACCCAAUGAAGAAGGAGUGGUUAAAUUAUCACCAUCGCUAUUACAGGAUCAUGUCUAAGUUAUCUUCACCUUCAUCUGAAUCUUGGGACAAAGGUUGUGUAAUAUAUGCAAAGAGAGGAAGUGGAGAGACAUGGAUGCAGCCAUUGGUCCAAGAAAACCAGAGACUAACUGCAAAGCCAAUUUGUGUAUCCUCCAUUGAUGAUCCAGCACUGGCAACAUUCUGUGAACCCGUUGAAAGGGCAAAUUCAUCCCACUCAUUCACAGCAGGGCUAGCACACAGCGUUGGCCUUAGAAAUCAGCCAUUACGUGUCUACAGCAUGGUGAAAUAUGCAGCCAUAGCUCGGGGAGAUGCUGAGAUUUUUAUGAAGUUCGCAAAAACUGGAUACAAGGAGAAGAUAUGGGACCAUGCGGCUGGCAUACUGAUUAUACAAGAGGCCGGUGGUGUGGUGACAGAUGCUGGAGGGCGUCAAUUGGAUUUCUCCAAGGGCAUUUACCUAGAAGGUCUUGAUCGAGGAAUAAUUGCAUGCUCUGGGGCCAAAUUGCAUCAGAAGAUCAUCAGGGCCGUUGAUGCUAGCUGGGACUCCUCUAAUCUAUGAUGUUUCUGUUUAAUACUAAUGCCUAGUGAUGGAGUAUGGGACACCUUAUCAGUUGCUAUGGUAAGAACAUCAUAACAGUAGGUGGAACUCAGUUGGAAAACAUGCUGAUUUGAUCUGUGGCUUGGUGAAAUUAUGCCAUACAUUUGGAUCUAUUGGCAAUGAGUUAAAAAUGUCAUAAUAGUGGAACAAUUUUAUCAGGGAAAAUCAUACACAAUUUUGUUGAGCAUCCCCCACCCAUCCAACACACAGAUACACAAAAGAAAAAAAAAAAAAAAAAAAA